UUACUGCUUUGAAUAAACCCAAUAUUACGCUACAUAAGAAGCACAAAUACAAGGUGAUACUGAUUCAUGACAGCAUGGCAGAUGACUUCAGCCAGUCCCUCACCCCACCAGUCUCCCCCUUUGCAGCAGACAGCCUAUGUGAGCUGACUCCAUCCCAACCCCCAUGCUUCCGCUGCUCUGAAGUUAAAGAUGACCCCACCGGAGCGCUUUCCACAGAGGGAUACACAGCAAGAGGCUCCCUGAAACGGCUGUUGUUGCGUCUUGACCCGGCUCCUGCAGACUAUGAGACAGACACAGUGGACAUCUUUGGCUUUCCCUGGGUAACAGAGACAGCAUUGGUGGAAUCUACAAAGCUUCUAUUUGGUCUGUUCAGACAAAAGUUUUUCAAAUUGGAGACUUUAGUACAGUCCAGCUCCCAUGACUUUGGUCAAGCAGGUAACCUCCACUAUGAAGCAGACGACCUGAGACAACAGUGUGUCUUAUUUCUUCAGUAUGUCAAAGUCUUCUUGUACAGAUAUCUGGAGCCUUCCAGGUCCCUAGAUGGCAGUUAUUCACAUCCUUAUGAGGAGUUGGAGGCUCAGCUACCCUCUGCUCUUCUGGAGGAGCUGUUGGGUAUCACUCUCCUCAUAGGAAGACUCAAAGACCUGCCUGCUAAUGUUCAAAGUGCCUUCACUAUACAGAACCACGGAAAGAUUUUCCCUCCUUCCUGGCAUUUGUUACACCUUCAUCUUGAUAUCCACUGGUCAGUCUUGGAAAUCCUUCAUCUACUUGGUCACAAGAUGCAAGGCCAAGCUGUGUACGCCCACCAGUUUGUGAACCUGACAGGAGAGAACCUGACUGAUAUCAGUCUGUUUGACGAACACCUGUGCAAUCUGCUGUGUGACCUUACUGGUCUGGCCAUAGGCAAAUACAGCAAGGUGAGGCCUACAGAGGCACUAAGCAGCCACCAUUACCUUUGCACCUGCACCAAAGAACUAUGGGUUCUGCUCAUGUAUCUUUUGGAAUACAGGAAUAAAGUGUUGCACACACAGUCUUUCUGGAGCUACAUGAACUCAUUGCUGAGGCCCCUGGUUUCUGGAAAGCCUGCAGCUGAGCAGUUCAGUGGUCUGCCCACACACUGUAAAGACCCUCUGGGAUUCACAUGGUGGCUGGUCACUCAUUUAGCAAUGUUAGGCCAGUACAGCCGGAACGGCACCAUCCAGAAUGAGAAACAUCUGGGAGAUAACUGGACUUUUGUGGAAGAGUUGCUCAAGUUAACUUGUAACCCCAAGGGAGGUUUAGCAGAGGAGCAGGUCAGGAUGCAUGUCCACUGCUGCCUCAGUCUGUGUCUGCUGUGGGAACCAAGCACCAGCGUUGUCUCGACCCUCUGGGACUACUACAGCAAGAACCUGAAUGCUUCAUUCACCGUGCCCUGGCUGGGGAUGUCUGGCCUGGGCACUUUGUGCAAGACGCCUCUAGCUCUGUUGGAGCAGGCCCGCAGCUGCUGCAGCCCUCCUCCCCUCCGGUCUCCAGGAUACACCCAGCUCUAUCGCUCUGCCAACUCCUUCCACAUCUUCCUUCGAGUGCUGGCCCUGUGCCUUGCCCAGGACAGGGCUGGUGGAGUCCCACAGAGACAGAUCAAAGGGAGGAUUUACGCUAAGUUCUCCUCGAAAAAGAUGCAGGAGCUGUCAGAGGGAGGUCUCAUGAACUUUCUGCUGCUGUUUCUGGUCGUGGCCAGGCAGGGAGAGCUGGAGGAUGUGGCCGGCAGAGCCUGUGAACUGCUUGGCUGUCUGCCCUUUAAGUGCCCUCCUGCACACCGCACCCUCGUCUGGAGAGGUCAACUAUCACUGCUCUUGCUUUUCCAGGAGAGGGGUUUGGAUGUUGGUGCCCAGGCUACCUGGCUGGCUUCCUCCUUUAAUGAGACGGCAAAGGAGUUCUACAACAAGACCACAGAGGUCUCUCGCAGACUUGCCCUCUGGGGGCCACUUGGCUCUUACCUGGAGGGUGUGGCCGAGGUGUUUGAGACAAGCACCAACCUCAGCCUAUCAGAGGAAAAGCUGCUCAAUGAAGGGUUUGAUUGGUUGCUGCCUGCUUGCCGCCAAUCUGAGCUGAAUUCUGCGCUCGGCUUUCUGCAGAUCAUCCUCGCACAGCUCAGACGGGUCCAUCAGCGCAGUGUCCAGUCAGCGCCCACCCUGGCCUGGGCGCCUGCUACCAACAGUGUGGUGAAAGAGCGCCACCUAGCGGUAGCAGCCGCUCUCUGGGCACACUUCUUCCCCUUCCUGCGCAGCCUACGCCUCUCUCAGACCCCUCCAGCACAGCUGGCAGAUGCUGCUGCAGGUUUUACCUUGCUGGCCUUUGAUCUACCGAGUUCUGCCCCCCAGGACCUUCAACCCAACCCAGUCCAGUCCAUCAUGCAAUGCUUUGGCUGGGAUGACAUGGUUCACCCGCUUCUGGUGACUCGCUACCUUCCCCAUCUGCUCCAAAACAGUGAGCUGGUGUCGUCACUGAGCGGUGGUUCUAGCACUGCUACGUCGAGUUUGGCACAAAGUCUGUCAGUGAAGGCCUGGUUCAGAUGUGUUCUACAGCAGCACCUUCACAAGAACCCAGACGGGUCUGACAGCAGAACAGGCCGGGCUGUGGAACAACAGUUGUGUGAAUUGACCCGACUUGUGCUGAGGCUUCCAGAGGUGGACAGUCUUCUGCAAAGAGCGAGCCUCCAUCCAGCAGCCACCAGGCUUGAGCCCACUUCAGCCCUGGAGAUGUUUGUCAAGGCUCUAGGCAGUGUAUACAGCGGACUGCAGCUUUUGUCUGAACGCUCAGCUAUGGUGACCAGAGCCCUGGAAUACAUUGGUGACAUCCUGAAACACAUUAAACCGUCUCUGGUCAGCAAGAACCAGGAGGGACUGAAGCUGGCAUACUGGGCUGUCGGCUGCAUAGUGAAGCACUGGAGCCCCCUGCUGGUCACUUCCAAAGCACAGCAGCUGUUGUUCCGCAUUGUGGAUGGGCUGCUGCUUCCUCACAACCUCACACAGCAGGACAAAGCUCUCAGGGACAGCCUGCCUCUGUUUCUACAGGGACUGUCAGUGGCCUCCAGUGUGUCUCAGUCCCAGGGUGCUUACCUCAAGCAGCAGCUUGGCUCUGUUACUCGCAGAUAUUUGGACCAUUUCCUUCCCGCCUCACCCUCCAUGGGCGUCAUUGCCAACCACCCGGUACUUCUGGCCGCCUGUGAGGCCAGUCCAACCGUCCGGGGAGCCGCACUGAGGAGAACCAUCCUAGAAGUGCUCCGCGACAGCUUCCUGCAGUUCAAAGGCCAUGCCCCUGCUCCUCGCCUCGCAUCAGUCCUGAUGUUCCUGCUGGAGCUUCUGAGACGAAACAACGACUCAGACCUCACCCUCCUCACUCUGCCUCUUCCCUCUCUGCUCCGCUGUGUGAUGCUGGUCAAUGAGCCACAUGUGAGGAAAACGAGCACAGAUGCCUUACAGCUUGUGGUGGAGCGAUGCGCCGCUGCAUCAACACAGGGACCGUGCGACCAGAUGAUCACUGUCUUACGGUCAUUUGUGGAGGAGAAUGAGGGUGUUUACGACAGGCAGGUGUACAGCGUCCUGGAGAUGGUGGCUGUUUUAGAUCCCACUGUGGUUCAAGCUCUCAUCCCCAACAUGUCUCUCAGUCUGAGAAACACCGAACACAAAAGAGGAGUGGGCAAGAACAUUGCCUUGAGGAGUGCGUAUACCAAGUUGCUGUGUCUCCUUGGGGAGAGUGGGCAGGCUGAAAUAACCAGUCUGGAAGGCGACUAAAAAGUUUUCCAAAAAAAGGACCAGCUCCAGGACCUGUCACAAGCUCCAAGAAUCACUUGUCAAUCAUACCAACCUAAAUGCCACAUUUCUGGAUUGGGUCGUGUUGCAGUUCGGCAUAUGAGGAUGUCUUACAAAACAAUUAAUGUAUGUAGCACUAAGCAUUUAGCAUGAGCUGUAAUAAUACUGAAACCUCAACUACAGUUGGAAUGUGCUGGAAAAAAAUGAUUUAUGUGUACAACUGUGAAAGUAACAAAAGGUAUUAUCAGUUGAUGUGUAAAGUCUAAUAUGUUCCAAUCAUGGACUGAAAACUUCAUAUCAGCAGGUUGUAUAUAAUGUACAUGUUGUAAAGAAGGCACAGCUUUACAUUUUGAUAAAUGCAUUGUUAAUAAAAUGUGACAAUAAAGAUGAAUAUGCUCGUA